CACUGGCUUAUAGCCUAUUUACCUGACAUCUCUGCAGACAUUUCCGUGGACACUGUAUUUCCUGUAGUUUUCUGUUGUGUGAAUACAGGCAUGUAUUACCACCAGGUGGGGAUAAGGGGAGCUGGAACCGCUGCUGGAGGUUUGCUGCCCUCCGCAGGCAGCUUCCCGGUAUAUAUGAGCCCCUUUUCGGACAUAAAGAAGGAACAUCUCGGCGGUGGUGAAGAAAACCACAUUGUAAAUAGUCGAGUACGGGACAAGGUCGUGUUUCAACACCACGCAAAUCACUAGCCUUCACUACUUUGUAGUGUUAUAAUAACAUCCUUAUAAACAAGGACCCUUUAAUCUUCACUGUACACUUUUAAUCCAUCUAAAUGCCAAAAUAACGAGUGGUUCACUCGCACGGGGCGACACUUCAUCUCUCCGGAGGAAACGCAGAUAUAUCGCCACAGCUUAUGUAUCGUUUACAUUUUUCAGAACAUUAAGGUCGUUUUUUCUUAACCCUACACGAUUCCUUCACCUUUUUAGUUGUUGUGUAGUAUUUUAAGGCUAAUGAGCGUCUGUAUAAUGGCAGAUAAACCGGCAUGGCACGUCAAAAGAACACGGGGAGAGUGACAAGGACGAGGAGAGGGAGAAAGAAAGGGGAGGGGAGCUGACAUUAAAGCAACACAACAAGGAAACUACACUGCAGAGCCACAGACGCCUUCAUUUUAUGUUUUUGAAUAAUAGCCGGAGCUAGUGUGGCGAAGUGUAUCUGUGAAAUCUGCCCGGAGCUCAACCCUCCGCACAGCCUCAAGCGCCCUGGAAAGGAGCCGCUUUUGACCGAGUUGGAUUUAAAGGCGCUCUCCGACGCUUUCAGAGAUAUGGGCUCAGAACCACCCAGCUCUCCACAGGUGGUGGAGGAUGGAGGUGAGGAGGAUGAGGAGGAGAUGAGCGGAGGGGAGGAAGCAGACCUGCGGUCCAGUUCCGGCCGGGGCUCUCUGCUGACCCGGAGAGGCAUCACCCUACGAGUGCUGCUGAAAGACGGCCUGGUGGAGCCAGGGGACGGCGUGCUGGCCAUCCACUACCUGGGGAAGAACUUUGUCGGGGACCUGUUGAAUGACGGGAAAAUCCGAUGGGUGGAGACGGGCCAGAUCUUCAACUCUCCCAGUGCCUGGGCAACACACUGCAAGCGUCUGGUCAACCCAGCCAAGAAGUCUGGCUGUGGCUGGGCAUCUGUGCGCUACAGGGGACAGAAGCUGGUCCAGUACAAAACCACCUGGCUGCACAAGUACCAGCCCAGCGCAGACAUGAGCCUGGUGAGUGAGGAGGAUGAUGAUGAGGAUGAAGAGGAAGGGAAAACAGCUGUGCAGGCAGAUGAGAAGAACAAAAACACCAAACCUGGAUUAAAUGACGUAAUGGUUUCACGGAGAACCGACAGAGAGAGGAUUCCUGUCAGAUAUUGCACCCUGGGCACCAGGGAUGCUGCCAGAGAUCCACACACGCUAGUGGAGCUGUCAGCCUUCUCAGCCAUCAACAGAUUCCAGCCUUUCAAUGUAGCCGUGUCCAGUAAUGUACUGCUGCUAAUGGAUUUCCAUUGUCACCUGACCACCAGUGAGGUGGUCGGAUACCUCGGAGGACGAUGGGAUACCAAUACACAACUGUUAACAGUUUUAAGGGCUUUUCCCUGCCGAACCAGGCUGGCCGACAGAGACUCUGCUUCUGCUGUUGAGGAGGAGAUCUGUCAGAACCUGUUCAUGCGCGGGUUGUCGCUGGUGGGCUGGUACCACAGUCACCCGCGAGGUCCGGCUCUGCCGUCUCUGCAGGACAUUGACUCUCAGAUGGACCACCAGCUGAGGCUGCAGGGUUCAAACAAUGGCUUCCAGCCCUGUCUGGGCAUCAUCUGUGGACCAUAUUAUCAUGGUAAUCAAGGUGUGGCGUCCACAAUAACCCCAUUCUGGGUCGUUCCACCUCCUGAGCAACGGUCUAAUGACUACGGUAUCCCAGUAGCUGUAGAGGUCACCUAUGUACAGGACAACUUCCUCACCAGUGAUGUCCUUAAUGAAAUGAUGCUGCUGGUUGACUACUACAGGGCAGCUCCCGACAUCGUUCAGUUCAGCCAGUACUGGUGUCCUGAUACGACCAUGAUGGACAAGAUCAAGGGCUCCCUGAGUUGCCACGCCCCCAAAGACCAGGCCUACUCUCAGAUCUUAGAGCACGUCUACAGUCAGCUGAUCAACCUGCAGUGAGUGGGGAUCUGCUCUGCAUGUGUGCAUGUGGCCACUCUGCGUCUCAAAGUCCUUCCACUUCAAAAACCUUUUUGCGCAGAGCCAAUGAGCGUACAAUGUAAUAAAAAAAAAAAAACCUGCUU